UUCACCUGUCAGGGGGGCGGGGCGCAGUGGCAGCGCAGGGAGGUGUGUGCGGGGACAGAUCGGUGUGGAGUUGAUCAAUCUGUCAGUGAGAGGACAGAGGCGCUGCAGGGAGGUUUUCAGGCUAGAAGAUUUGGUGACCGGUUUCUGGUCCAUGAUGGAUCGCUACCGUUAUUUUAUAUUCAACCAGCGGAGUAUGGUGGUACUUGGAAUCCUCCAGAUAGCAUGCACUGCCAUCUCCGUAAUCUGUGGUCUCAUGGAUGGUGCUUUUCGGAAAGAAUCCGCAUUGGGGAAAACCAAGGUUCCUCUUUGGGCAGGAAUGAUCAUGGCUGUUCCUGGCUUGAUAGCCUUAUUUUCAUCACAGAGGAAGAAUCCUGUUGUUGUGAAUGCACUUAUUGUGGUCUCUGUGUUUUCCUGUUUCACCACCUUAAUCCUUAUAGUUUAUGCUUGUCUGACUCUGGCAUAUGGGGAGGAUGAUGAUGAAGUUUUCUCUCAUACACCUGUACAUAUUGUACACACAAAGUUUAUCCUUAAUCAACUUGUUCAGGGCGCAAACAUAGCAAUGCUUGUAGCAUCUCUGGUCAGCAUUUGUGUUGUCCUUUGCAUAGCAUACCUAGGUUGCCGAAGUGUACCAUACUGUAUGUGCUACGACAACCUGACUGGAAUGGAAUGGUUACAUCCUGAACAUGAGCCUUCUCAGACUAUAGAACUGGUAUGCACUUUCCAUGGAGAUGAGCGGAUAUUUAAUUCUCCAGCACAGUUCACAGAAACCAGUGUAGAAACAGAAGAGGCAUUUUCACAUCCACCCCCAUACCUCCGAUUUUCCUGAACAAAUGAGGACUUUAAUGAUGUGGCCUUCGUGUAUGAGGCCUGUUUUUAGUCUCAUAAUGUUUGCCAUCAUAAAAUUUUAAUGGAACUUGAACAUUUAAUUUUUGUUUUCUAUUUUUAUACAACAGCGUUUCCCUUUUUGUAUAGGUUUUUUUUAUUUGCACUAAAAGUAUAUUUUGUUUGCAGUGCCUUACUACAUCUGAAUGAUGCACACCAUAAAGCAGCAUCCCCAUCAUAGAUGCACAUUUAUGAUGUUACACUGUCUUACCCCUGUCCAUCACUUGUUUUCAUUGCAUCCCAUGGCAUGCAUCAUCCGUGGGUGAAGCCAGGAUCAAUGACUUUGUUGAGACUGCUUUAACGGUGUGUCAGUCAAGACAUUUCUUUGAAGUAUGCUCUGACUAAUUCACGGGUUCAGGUCUCAUUCUGUUCAUAAUGUCAAGGUUUGGAAAACAAAUUUAUACUGCACUAACUGUUUGAUUCAGGGACUUAUAGAUCAUAGAUCACACUAUAGGGCUGCAUCCAUACUUAAACGGAGCAAUUUUCAAGUGGUUUUAUUUGAGUGAUUUUGUGCAUCUAUACCAUAAUUUUGGAAGUAUAUUUCAGGUGUUUUUACAUGUGUAGUCAAGCUUUAGGCAUUUUUAGCCAAUGGAAAUCACUUAGGAGGACACCAGUUCUUACAGGCUAAAAAAAAUGCCUUAAACAUGCUUGAUUCAAGUGAGUGAGUGAAUAACUUGUAUAGUGCUACAAAUGCGAAGUAAAUCGCCUCAAGGCGCUUGGCAUCAAUUUUUCCCAUUCUGUUGACCUUCAGAAUAGGUGGGUCUUGAGUUUUUUCCUGAAGGCCAGGUGAUCAAUUUCCGUUCGGAUGUUAGUUGGUAAUGCAUUCCAUAAUCGCGGUCCUUGUACUGCAAAUUGUCGUUCUCCUUUGGUUUUGUAGCGGGCUUUUGGAAUUUGUAAUAGUUUUUGAUUAGUUGAUUGCAGAAUGCAAUUGACGUUUUUUUUGUUUUUUUAGUAUUGCAUGUGUUCCCAUUGAAGUCUAUGGGGCCAAAAAAAAUAAAAAAUCUGCCUCAAAAAUAGCUUCUGGGGCAUUGUGUGAAGCUACAGGCACUUGAGGAUACAUGUGUAAGCUAUCACCAUCAUUUAAUUACAAGGGAUUUUGUUUAGGAGUUUUAAAGUUUUGAGCUUCAAGCUACACAAUGGUCGGGUGUGAAUGAGGCCUAAGGGUAAGGGAAAAGUACAUACACAACACCAUUAGAAAAGCAUGUUCAGUUGAGUGGCAUCUUGAUAUAGCACGGUCAUUUACUCCGUAGGCUCGCAACGUGCUGUUCUGGUAAUGGGAACCAAACGCAACCACUUGAUUUCCAGCAAAUGGGGUUGAUUUACUAAGACUGGAGAGUGCAAAAUCUAGUGAAGCUCUGAAUAGAACCCAAUUGGCUUCCAUUUUUUCUUUACUUUUUUUCAAAGCUUAGUUUAAACAAGCUGAAGUUAGAAGCUGGUUGUACAGCUGCACCAUGUUUUGCACUCUUUAGUUUUUGUAAAUCAACCCCAUACUGGCUGUAUUAUUGGAUUUAUAUUACAUCCUUGAUAUAUGCUAGCUCUAGCAGUCAUGCAGUCUGGCAUAUAGAUAGUCUCCAAAGCUCUUGGCAGUUUAAAUCUGCAGAGGAGCUUAAUGUAGUCACCACUUUAACUUGAUCUGUUGUUGCAGUAUGUGCUCCAUUAGUCAUUGUACUAUGAAGACUGUAUAUCUCAGAGGUGUUGCAGUAUUGAUGAGUGUUCUACUAUAUUUUCUGUUCUUUCUCCAUCCCGUGCUGUAUGUUUAAAGCCCUAACCCCCCUGUUUUAUUUUCCAGCUGACACAUCUUAUAGGCUUCUCUUGGCUUCUUGUUUUGUGUAUUCUGUUUAUCACUUAUAGGACCCACUAAUGGCCUAUUUAAGCACUUGCCAUCAAUAAUCAUUAUGUUUCUGAAUAAUUAAAAGGUGCCUGAAUGAGAGUUUAGCCAUUAGCUACUUUUAAAUGCAAGCAUAGUACUAAUGUGAUCUCACAAUUCCAAAUGUUUGAUAAGAUUUAUUAUUAAAGUUAUUUAUUAUUGCUAUGUGACACUUGAAAUGUUUUUCCCCGAGACACUGAGGGCAAAAACUCAAGGAAUGGGUGUUGGAAGUGUUAAAUGUGUUCUUACUUUCUUUCUUCCUUCCUUUUUAUUUUUUUCUCUUUUCGAUAUAGUAAGGAAUGUUUAAAACCUGUGUGGCACUGGGGGGAGUUUCCUCAUGUCCUGUAGACACAACAGAAAGGAAGAGGAAAACUCUCCGGUGAGGGAACUUUUAGACCGUUGGCCUAAAACAGGUGUCCCCAUUGGAACAUGUGUCCUCUUUCUGAUCCCCUACAAUUUCAGAUUUCCUCUUACUUCAUAGCAGUGGCAGGAUAAAUAAAAUGGGAAAUUGUGUCAAAUACAUACUUAGAUUUUCCAUUUUUAGUGCCAAUCCACAUGUAUGUUGCCAUGGUGGUGCCAGGAAAGCUCAAUAUUAUAUCAAAUACUUCUCACAUGGCAACUUUAGGAGGAACCCUAGAGUUCCAAGGACACCCUGACUCUAGAGAGCCAGUGAGACAGCAGUUCUAUGCCCGCUGGUGGCAUUUAUCCCUUGUGUGGGGGUGGCACCACUACAAGGAAGCAGCAUUUUUGUUUUCCCCAGUUAACUUUUUAAAUUUCAUCACGUUAAUUUUAAUGUGCUACAACUGAAGCAUUUAUCAUCAAGAGGAUAAUUCUGUACUGCUGUCAUUUGCUAUAACUCCCUGUUUUUAGUGACAACAUUUUCAACACGCAGUAUGCAAGCAUGGUCCACUGUUGUCAACUUUAUCAUUGAGCAAACUGGUGGCUAAUAUGCAGCAUAGAUGCAAACGUUCCUCCAGGCAUUAUCGUGAAACAAAAAUGGCCCCUGCAGUGAUCCUAAAAACAGUUGAGACAAUUUUGUGCUAUGUGAUGUAAAGAUCAGGUAUAUAAUACUCUUCUGCUAGUUUUUUCAUUACUGUUGUUUACAUGUUAAUUCCAAUAUACUAUGUAUUUUUAAAUAAAACUAUUUUUCAAUA